AUGGAUAUGAGCUUUUCACCAGGUGGACGCCGACAUGUUUCUGCCCCAGGUGGCGAUAGCCUGGGGAAUAUAUUUGCCGAUACCCCUCCUUCCCCUGUGCCGAGUCGACGUAUCUUACAUAGUCCGGGUGGACGAAGCUCUUUGGACUUGUUCACCGACUGUGCUACACCCGAGGCACCCAGAUCUUCAAUCAAGCUGGCUGCUCCGCCAGGCGGCCAAACAUCUGUAAGCCUCGCUGGCGGUGGUACGCCAAAUAUGACACGGUCGAUAAAAGUGAUACAGCCUGCAGGGGGGAUUACUUCGGUUAGUUUAGAUGGUGCCGGAGAAUUGGAUCUUUCGCCUUCCAUCAGACCAAUGGCACCGCCUGGCGGUAAAACGUCCCUGAACUUGGAUGGUUCGGGGCAGGUACCUGUCUCGCCUCACAUCCGAACCAUUGCCCCUCCAGGUGGCAAAACCUCGUUGACAUUGGACGGAGCUGGCCAAGUGCCAAUUCAUUCGUCAAUCAAAACUCUGGCUGCACCCGGAGGGAUAGCAACUGUUAGUCUCGCGGGUGCAGGUUCACCUCCACAUACUCCAAGCAUUCGGACCCGUCAUGCACCCGGCGGUCCAACGACGUUGGACCUAGCAGGACGAGGAACCGAACCCAUGACUCCUCCACCAUCCAUCAAACCGCGAGCACCACCGGGUGGUGUUUCAAGCUUGGACCUAAGUGGCAGUGGAAGCCCGGAUGGGCGGUCAUUUAGUGGACGGCGCAUGGUCAUAUCACCCCGAGGAUCGAAUGUCAUUGGGCCAUAUGACGAUGAGACCGAAGAGGGGAUACAAUCCCUGACUGAGCGAUUCCAGGCUGCUGAACUGUAUGAGGGAGAGCAAUUGCCGGGACGUCGACCGAGUUGGAAAGACCGUCAUGAAGAGGAGGAUGAUGAGUUUGUACCAGGUGCAUUAGCCUAUCAGUCAGCGCUUCCUCCAGUUCACCGUAGCCAAAUUGUCAUUGGGGACGACAGCCCCGAUAGCUCCCCUCUUACACCACAAUCCAAUGGCAGACCACAUCAUAUCCGCGUCCAGCAAGCACCGGGCGGUACGAGUAGCAUAUCAUUCAUGUAG